AUGUUCUUCCCACGAAUUUGGUUAAGGUGUAGAGGAUCGCGAACACUCGCUGCUACGGCGCUUGCGGGAUCGUUUUUCUUUCGUCGAAAAACAACAUCAGAAUCAUCGCAUAAGAAUUCUUCUGGGCAUCAUGACGAGACAGGCAGCGAUACUGUUACCAGUACUACAACAAAAGAUGGUGCUGCUGUUUCCGGCAAUGAGGAAUUUCGCUCUCCACUAAAGAAAAUGAUUGAGGAGACAUGGGUGUCGAUACGAAAGAUUCCUGAGUAUCGAGAGGCGUUCAAGCAACUCACUAAGGCAGAUGCCCCAGACGCUGUGUUGACUCGCUUCCUUAUCGCUUGCAAAGAGGAGCCCUCAGCCGCAGCUCGCAUGCUCCUGAACACGUUGAAGUGGAGACUGCAGGAAGAUGUAGAGGACAUUGUUCAGAAGGGUGAGCUCCAUGCCUUCAACAGUGGUGACGAGCAGUUUUUGAAACAGCUUCGCACUGGAAAAUGCACAUGUAUGGGAAACGACCUUUGCGGACGUCCUAUUUGUCAUGUCCGUGUGCGGCUGCAUCACCCUAAGGAGUUGACGCAGCAUUCGCUUGAGCAACUCACGCUUUGGAUCAUGGAAACUCUGCGUUUAUUGGUUCGACCUGUAUACACGCCAGCUGAGCUGUGUACGGAACGCAAAGUCAACGUCGUUUUCGACUUGACUAAUUUUGGAAUAUCCAAUAUGGAUUAUACUUUUGUGAAGUUUCUUGCGACUUGCCUCGAUAACUACUAUCCAGAGUCGUUAGGGUGUUGCAUUGUCCAUCAUUCGCCUUGGGUCUUUCGCAGUAUUUGGCGCAUCAUUAAGGGGUUGCUGAAUCCACAAAUCGCUAAAAAAAUUAUAUUCACUCAGAAUGUAAAGCAGCUCUCCGAAUACAUCUCUAUGGAUGUAAUUCCAGAGGAUAUUGGCGGUAAAAACCCCCAUCCUUAUCACUACGUCGAACCUGACGAACACGAAAAUGACUUGCUUGCUCCGACAAACGAGGAACGACUCCUUGCACUAAAAAGAAACGAUGAAUUAUUUACAAAAUGGGAGGAGCUCGCGUUACAGUGGAGCAAACUUCCCGAUAACGAUACAGAAAACGAUAACGUUCGGAGUGCUUGCGACGCCGCAGGCAUUGAAUUCGCCAAGGAUUACUGGAAACUGGACCGCUACACACGUGCACGAACCGUUUAUGAUCGACUGGGCUUAAUAAAGGCCCCAAAAUUCGAAAAUGAUUCCGAUUAA